AUGGCGCCGCUCGCCCGCGAUGGGAGCGCAGAGGCGACCACGUCCCGUGCGGCGCGCUCCUUCCGGGACUGCCCCGACAACUCGUCGUCGUCGGCUGAUAGCAGUCUCGACCAGGUGCCGGCCUUCGACCACCGCCCAGCUGGAAGCUUGAUGGCGAUGCGGUACACUUGUUCCCCCAUCGCACGCCGAACUGUCGGCCCCCACGGACUCGGCCAUGCGCCGCUGCACCCGGGCAUCCCGCCAGACGCGGCCCACGACGGCAGUUCCGGCAGCCGCCGUUCGGACGGACCUCCGUAUACACCUGCCAGCACCGGCAUCACCCCUCUCGCAUUCACCAGCACGCUGUACAACCCCGUGUUGUCGUCCGUGAUGGAAGGUGGCGAUGUGCGGCGAAAGCGAAUCCGCGUCCCGGCCGCACUACAUUCCAUGGUCGCCGGCGCCGGCGCGGGUCUCGUCUCGUCCAUUGCGACAUGCCCGCUCGACGUGGUCAAGACCACACUACAGGCCCAGAGCGUCCCGCGCGGAGCACCAGGAUACGAGGGUGUGACCAAGACGUGUAUCCGCAUCUAUCGCCAGUCGGGCGUGCGGGGCUUUUACCGCGGCCUGGGACCAACCGUGGCUGGAUACCUCCCGACAUGGGGAAUCUACUUUACUGUCUAUGACUUUAUCAAGGAUCGCUUGCGGCAGAUCCCAAUUGCGAAUGCGCACCCAGACAUUGCACACGUCACAGCAGCGAUGACGGCCGGCGCAACGGGCACCAUUCUGACCAACCCGCUGUGGGUCGUCAAGACGCGGUUCAUGGCGCAGGCUAUCCUGCCUCCCUCGGCCCCCCGGUACAAGACGACGUUUGACGCAGUACGCACCAUCUACACAACGGAGGGCUUUCGCGCCUUCUACAAGGGUCUCCUCCCGAGUUUGAUGGGUGUCUCGCACGUGGCGGUACAGUUUGGUCUGUACGAAAAGACCAAGGCCUGGGCUUGUCGUGACGGCCAGCCCCUGACGCCGACGGCGAUCCUCGCCUGCUCGGCCUUCUCCAAGAUGGUCGCCUCACUCGCGACAUACCCACACGAGGUGCUGCGUACGCGCAUCCAGGUCUCCAAGGCGCAGACGCCCAAACCCGCCGCCGCCGUCGCUGCUGCUGCUGCUGCUCGGCCACCGAGCUCCGAGCUCUACUCGCCAUUGGUCACGGGCUCCAACCCGCCCGUCGCUGGCGAGCUGCCAGCCUCAGCCGGCCGGUCGGGUAACAAGCCAGUCUUCACCCCGCGCCCAGGAGGUAUCAUUGAUGUGUUCCGCAAAAUCUACCACCAGGACGGAUGGCGCGGGUUUUACCGCGGCCUGAGCAUCAACCUCGUCCGCACCGUGCCGAGCAGCGCCGUCACCAUGCUCACGUAUGAGCUGAUCAUGCGCAAUCUUUCAUAG